UUUAAUUUCACAUGUGUGGAAUAAACGCGGAAUUGUACAAAAUACUAUAAAACUCCUGAGGUGCCGGUUCCCCGGCAGAUUAUUGAAAUCUUUCACUUGUGUUCAAAAGUGAAUAGGUUGUUCUUUCUUGCUCUCUUUAUUACAUUGUGAUUUAUUCACUAUUUCAAGAUGCCUGAAGAAGACGUGAAAAUGCAGGGUGACUAUGACGAUGCUGAAACUUUCGCCUUUCAGGCCGAGAUUGCUCAGUUAAUGAGUUUAAUCAUCAACACCUUCUACUCCAAUAAAGAAAUUUUCUUGAGAGAAUUGAUCUCUAAUUCUUCUGAUGCUCUUGACAAAAUCCGAUAUGAAAGUUUAACUGAACCAAGCAAAUUAGACAGCUGCAAAGAUUUGUACAUUAAGAUUAUUCCAAACAAGGAAGACAAAACCUUGACCAUCAUUGAUACUGGAAUUGGUAUGACCAAAGCAGAUCUUGUCAACAACUUAGGUACGAUUGCAAAAUCUGGCACCAAGGCUUUCAUGGAGGCUUUGCAGGCUGGUGCUGAUAUUUCUAUGAUUGGUCAAUUUGGUGUGGGUUUCUACUCUGCUUACUUGAUUGCUGAUAAAGUGACUGUAACAUCCAAACACAAUGAUGAUGAACAAUACACUUGGGAAUCUUCUGCUGGUGGAUCAUUCAUUGUCAGGCCCGAUCAUGGUGAACCUAUGGGUCGAGGAACCAAAAUUGUUCUUCAUUUGAAAGAUGACCAGACAGAAUACGUUGAGGAACGUCGUGUCAAAGAUGUAAUCAAGAAGCACAGCCAGUUCAUUGGUUAUCCCAUUAAACUUGUAGUUGAAAAAGAACGAGAAAAGGAAGUAUCCGAUGAUGAAGCAGAGGAUGAAAAAGAAGAGGAAGCCAAAGAAGAUGAAGACAAACCCAAAGUAGAAGAUGUGGGUGAAGAUGAGGAUGCUGAUAAGGAAAAGACAGACAAAAAGAAAAAGAAGAAAAUCAAGGAAAAAUACACUGAAGAUGAAGAGUUGAACAAAACUAAGCCUAUCUGGAUGAGAAACCCAGAUGAUAUCAGUCAAGAAGAGUAUGGUGAAUUCUACAAAUCAUUGACCAAUGAUUGGGAAGAUCAUCUUGCUGUUAAGCAUUUCUCAGUAGAAGGUCAACUCGAGUUCCGAGCUCUUCUCUUUGUUCCUAAACGUGCACCUUUCGACUUGUUCGAAAACAGGAAACAGAAGAACAACAUCAAAUUGUAUGUUAGAAGGGUAUUUAUUAUGGACAAUUGUGAAGAUUUGAUUCCAGACUACCUUAACUUUGUCAAGGGUGUCGUUGACUCUGAAGAUCUUCCUCUUAACAUUUCCAGAGAAAUGUUGCAACAAAAUAAAAUCUUGAAGGUGAUCAGGAAAAAUUUAGUCAAAAAAUGCCUUGAACUUUUUGAUGAAGUUGCAGAAGACAAGGACAUGUACAAGAAAUUCUACGAGCAAUUUAGCAAGAACUUGAAAUUGGGCAUCCAUGAAGAUUCAACCAACAGAAAGAAACUUGCAGAAUUCUUGAGGUAUUACACUUCUCUGUCUGGUGAUGAGACCUGCUCUUUGAAGGACUACGUAUCCAGAAUGAAGGAAAAUCAGAAGAGUAUCUACUUCAUCACAGGUGAAAGCAAAGACCAAGUAGCCAACUCUUCGUUUGUAGAACGAGUCAGGAAACGUGGAUUUGAAGUGAUCUACAUGACUGAGCCCAUUGAUGAGUAUUGUGUACAACAGCUUAAGGAAUAUGAUGGCAAGACUCUGGUGUCUGUCACUAAGGAAGGUCUUGAAUUGCCUGAAGAUGAAGAGGAAAAGAAGAAACGUGAAGAAGAUAAAGCUAAAUUUGAAAACCUCUGCAAGAUCAUCAAGGACAUCUUAGACAAGAGGGUUGAAAAGGUUGUAGUUUCUAACCGUCUUGUAACAUCACCUUGCUGUAUUGUAACCAGCCAGUAUGGAUGGAGUGCAAAUAUGGAAAGGAUUAUGAAAGCUCAAGCAUUGAGAGAUUCUAGCACAAUGGGCUAUAUGGCAGCUAAGAAACAUCUUGAAAUCAAUCCUGAUCAUCCCAUCAUUGAAAACUUGAGGCAGAAGGCUGAAGUUGAUAAGAAUGACAAAUCAGUCAAGGAUCUUGUUAUGUUGCUCUUUGAAACUUCCCUAUUGUGUUCUGGCUUUGCAUUGGAGAAUCCUCAAUUCCAUGCUUCUAGAAUUUACAGAAUGAUCAAGUUGGGUUUGGGUAUUGAUGAAGAGGAAGUGAGUGUUGGUGAUGCUGUAGUUGAAGAAAUGCCAGCUGUUAGUGGUGAAGAUGAAGAUGCAUCCAGGAUGGAAGAAGUAGAUUAAAGUUUAAAAAAAUUAUUUAUUUAGGAUUAUACGAACUUUAUUUUCUAAUUAAAUUUGUAAAUAAAAGAAGCAAGAAUGUUCAUUCCACAAGCGGAGGGCUGAUUGCAUCAUGUCAUUCCAUUUGUUAAAUAUUCACUAUUGAAUAAAUUUUCAGUUGCUAUU